ACGAAGAUGGUGGAAGUUUCUUCCUCGAAGUGAAAGCCCGAUACAAACACAAACAAGCCGCGGAAAAGAGGGGGAGUUUGCUGUACGUGGACGUGUUGAGACCCACAAUCUCCCGUCGAAUAAGGCCUUUAUCCCAGCCCUAUGUCAUGGCCAGUGGCGUCACCAAGCCGGGCCCUUCCAAUGGUUACCCUAUGAAGGCACAACUACAAAUCAUUGUGCUAUCAGCAAAACUGAAGGAGAACAAGAAGAACUGGUUUGGUCCUAGUCCCUACGUGGAAGUGACGGUCGACGGCCAAUCCAAGAAAACAGAGAAAUGCAACAACACCCACAGCCCCAAAUGGAAGCAGCCGCUCACUGUGAUUGUGACUCCGUUCAGCAAACUGGUGUUUCGCGUGUGGAGCCACCAAACCCUGAAGUCAGACGUGUUGCUAGGCUUGGCCACACUGGAUGUCAGCGACACGCUCAAGUCCAACGACAUGAAAAUCUCAGAAGUGGUGCAGACCUUACAGCUGAGCGCAGACAGAGACCAGUCAGACGUGGUGGGAGACCUGUCUGUCUGCCUGGACGGCAUGACUGUCGACCCCGAGAUGUUCGCUACAGCCGAGGCCAAUCAUCACAGUACAUCAAAUGGGGAAUCGCAACCUAAUGGGGAUCAUGCUAUAAGGCGGAGUAGAGACAGCUCUCCAGCGGUGGAUGGUGUGGAGCACCGGUCUUCCCCAGGUGGUCGUAGGGCAGUGAACGGUACAGGGUCCCCCUCGGUGUCUUCAGGGAGCGUACGGCCCCUCAGACCACCCAGGCCCUCCAGACCUCCUCCCCCGACCCCACGCAGACCAACCUCCUCACCAGCAUCUUCUAGCAAUGGCUCUGUACCAGCCGACAGUAGCGAUGGUCACUCAGGCUCCGACACACCAGUGCGAACUGCGGCCUCCGGAGCCUCAGCAGCCACGGACUCCAGCCCCUCAACAGGCCCAGACCAGAGCUCCACAUCAGCCCCCGGGUCCGGAGCUGCAGUGGCCAGACACCCAACCAGCAGCGUGACCCCUGCCAUCAACCCCAGGGUCCCCUCAGUCAACACUGGACCACUGCCCCCUGGGUGGGAACAGAGGGUGGACCAGAAUGGCAGGUUGUAUUUUGUUGACCAUGUGGAGAAAAGAACGACGUGGGAACGACCCGAACCACUGCCUCCUGGCUGGGAGCGUCGUGUCGACCCAAUGGGCCGGGUCUACUUUGUUGACCACAUCACGCGGACCACCACGUGGCAGCGCCCCACCAUGGAGACAGUGCGGAACUACGAGCAGUGGCAGCACCAGCGUAGCCAGCUGCAGGGCGCCAUGCAGCAGUUCAACCAGAGGUUCAUAUUUGGGUUGCAAGACCAGGUCCCAGCCACCCAGAAUAAGGAGUUUGAUCCUCUGGGCCCUCUGCCACAUGGAUGGGAGAAGAGAACAGACACGAACGGCCGGGUUUACUUUGUGCAUCAUCCUACGCGGACAACACAAUGGGAGGACCCGCGAACACAGGGGUUGUUGAAUGAGAAGCCUCUGCCAGAGGGCUGGGAGAUGAGGUUCACGGUUGACGGUAUUCCCUACUUUGUUGACCACAACAGGAGAACCACCACCUACAUUGACCCCCGCACUGGGAAGUCAUCACUUGAAAACGGACCGCAGAUCACAUACGUUCGAGACUUCAAAGCCAAAGUGCAGUACUUCAGAUUCUGGUGCCAGCAACUGUCAAUGCCUCAACACAUCAAGAUCACCGUCACCAGAAAAACCCUGUUUGAGGAUUCCUUCCAGCAGAUCAUGAGCUUCAAUGCCCAGGAUCUGCGCAGAAGACUAUGGAUCAUUUUCCCGGGAGAAGAAGGACUUGACUAUGGAGGCGUUGCCAGGGAGUGGUUCUUCCUGCUGUCCCAUGAGGUUCUGAACCCCAUGUACUGCCUGUUUGAAUACGCUGGGAAAGAUAACUACUGUCUGCAGAUCAACCCUGCAUCCUACAUCAACCCCGACCACCUCAAGUACUUCAAGUUCAUAGGACGCUUCAUCGCCAUGGCCCUGUUCCACGGCAAGUUCAUCGACACAGGUUUCUCCCUGCCGUUCUACAAGCGCAUCCUAAACAAGCCGUGGGCCCUCAAAGACCUGGAGUCGAUAGACCCAGAGUUCUACAACUCUCUCAUCUGGAUCAAGGAUAACAACAUCGAGGAAUGCGGUCUGGAGAUGUUCUUCUCAGUUGACAAGGAGAUCCUGGGGGAAAUCACAACCCAUGAGCUGAAACCUGGAGGAGGAGACAUCCAGGUCACCGAGGAGAACAAGGAGGAGUACAUCAGGCUAGUAGCCGAGUGGAGGCUGUCCAGAGGAGUGGAGGAGCAGACGCAGGCGUUCUUCGAAGGCUUCAACGAGGUCCUCCCUCAGCAGUACCUGCAGUAUUUUGAUGCUAAAGAGCUGGAGGUGAUGCUGUGUGGUAUGCAAGAGAUCGACCUGGCAGACUGGCAGAGAAACACCAUUUACCGGCACUACGCCCGCAGCAGCAAACAGAUCAUCUGGUUCUGGCAGCUGAUUAAGGAGAUGGACAACGAGAAGAGGAUGAGGCUGCUGCAGUUUGUCACCGGUACCUGCAGGCUGCCUGUUGGAGGCUUCGCCGACCUCAUGGGGAGCAACGGGCCCCAGAAGUUCUGUAUUGAGAAGGUGGGAAAAGAGAACUGGCUUCCCAGGAGUCACACAUGCUUCAACAGACUGGACUUACCCCCCUACAAAAGUUACGAGCAGCUGAAGGAGAAGCUGAUGUUCGCCAUCGAGGAGACAGAAGGCUUCGGGCAGGAGUGAGAGAAGCGAGGAGAAGCCCAAGAGAAAACACAGCGAUGGAUGGAGUCUAAAAGAGUUUAAUAUCCAGUGUUCAAAUCAGGGAGUCUUUUCAAAAGGCGUGUGUUGUUCAUGUAUGGGUGUGUGUGCAUAACUGCUGUCUGCAUGUUGUUGAAAAGGAGCUGGGAUUUGGGAACUUGCAUCUCCCCUGUGUACCUUAACGCUGAUUGGACGCGGAAGGCGUCAAAGCCUGAUGGGUAUAUGAUAUUUUUUUUAACCAAAACCAGACCACUGGAAGCUACUUCCAACUGUCAGUGUGCUCCACAUCAUGCAUGGAAAUCUGGAAACCCACCCUUUGUUGCAUCUAUCGGACACAACAGCAAGAUUAUAUCCCCCUUCCCAACAUCAUUUGCUCAGUCUCUGUGCCCCAGAGCUUUCCUUUUGUGGAAAAGCUUCUUUUAUUUUUUUUAAUCCCAAGCCACACAUCUGAUCAUAUGAUGGUGGGCGGCAGUGUGGCCUUGUGGUUAAACCAUCUCAUAGUCAGAGGAGCUCACAGCUUCAGUCCCUAAAACUGUUGGAACUUGACAUUUUACAGCAAGAUUGAAAGAGUGCCCUUGUUUUCAGACUUUGUUGCUUUGAGAUUUUUUUCUGGUUCAGCCCCUUUUCAGACAAUUGUUUAAAACAAAGGAAUAAACACAAAGGGACGGUAGCUUUCAGCUGGUUAAUGUGGAUCGUGAAGAGGAGUGCUCCUAAUUAGUUGGACAUAAUGCUCACGUGACAGCAGACAAUCUUGGUGCUUCAGUUGAUAUCAAGGAGACAUGCCUAAUAUAUAUGCAGAGAGAGAGAGAGAGAGAGCCUUGUGCUUUUGGUUCCAUAGUAUUUGAUCUGUGAAUCUUGUAAUGAUUGUGAGGGGUUGCUUGUAAACCCCAUUAUUUAUAGCGGUGGAAAAGUCUGAGGACAUGAAUGGAACUUGAAUAGACCCUAGUUUUAUAGGGCCACUCUUAUUGGUACAGGAUGGGAUGUCUAAGGUCAGAAUAUUCUGGGAGAGUGAAAAAUGUUUGUAUUCACAAGAGCAACUUUAAAGACGCUUAACAGCCUCCCUCUCGUCCUUUAGGAGGUGUCGGUGUUAAAAUGAUGCCUGAAGAAACCCAUCAGGGGUGAAUAAGUAUUUUGAAACAGUGUCUCAUGGUUUAAGUGCUUGACGUGUACUCGAUUGAACGUGUCAACAAAAACGCGAGCGGAAGAAUCACCAAAUGCAAGUCAAACCAAAUCAAAUCACAGUUGUUGUUUUUUUUUUCAGUUGAGAUAAAAUUUUGGAUCCAUAUUUUGCAGAGGUCUAAAAGAAACUACAUGUAGCUCCGUAUAUGUAGCAUUUUUAAGGUGAGUCUGAGAGAGCGCUUACCAUGUUUCUACUGUCGAAUAUUUUAUAAUCACGGAAAAUCUCAUCUUCCUUGCGUGCGUUCUUGCCCUAGAUGAAACACAGUAUCGAUGGGAAAGAUUCAUUUAUAAAUCCAUGCCAAAAAUGUGGUGAAGUCUCUCCUAGUGUUUUGAUUGUUCACUUCACACAUUUGAUAAAUGUUUCACUUUGGUAGAAAAUCAGCAGCAGUCGACCUCCAGCAGUAGCAUCUUUUAGGAUUUGGUGUCACGGCCACCAUUCAGGAUCUUUUUUUUCCUCUGAUUUCAGUAUUGAUAAUUGCAAAGAUGACACUUUAAAAGAAACAUCUUGGACCCAACGCAAAAUUAUACGAGUCUAAUUUUCCUUUUUUGUGUUUGAGGUAUGAUUUUAGGGAGGAUUCUCAAUACAGUGUUGAUUAUGGGGCAGCCAGUUUUAUCAAAUGCUGGUGUGUUUGCACAAAAAAAAAAAAAAAAAAGCAAAAGCUCUACCAGUGUGAAACCGCACUCGCUGUGCCCACAGAUAAACUCAUCAUCAGCAGCAGCAGGUUGGCUUUAUAUCUGACCAGCAUUAAUAUAACAGAGCUUAAGAAGAUGGUUAACCCCUUGUGGGAAAACGUGGCGGUUUGGUUGCCUGUUUUGGCGUGGCCUUGUGAAAUACUUGGAUUGGUUACACAGCCGUCUCUUUCGCUGGAGAUCAGGAAGUGUUUAGUGGGUUCGAGACCGGGUCUGUUCUCGCACGAGCGAUUGGCUUACUGCAAAUUUCUGAAACUUGCAUAGAGUAAGCAUUGAACGAAUCACUGCACUGCACUGAAGACAGAAGGCUUGUGAGAGUGGAGCACCAGAUUCAGAUGUUGUGGGUUUGAGAAACCGCAGCUCUGGGAUUUUUUUUUUUUUUUUUUUUUUUUUUUUUAACAGUGCUAGCAAAUCUGAGAUCUGGUUUUCCUCAUGCGUCUUUGAGAUUGUCUUUGUCCUUUGGCUUCAGGUAGCCUGAUUUCCACUCAAGAUGACCAGAGCUCGCCAGGCCUUACUCAGUAUCCGUCUCUUCACUCCCUCCAGGAACUAUUUUUUUUUUCCUUUUUUUUUUUCUUUGGGCUUAAUGCUCAAAUGAAUGAAUACUUGUGACCCUGUGCUAUGUUGACCUGGCCCCGCUAAGUCCCUCUCUGUCUCUUUUGGGGAAUCAUCUCAGCACCAGCGAGGAGACUUAAGGUGAUAAUGCAAGGGUCUCAUUUUUGAGGAUAUCAAGGCAGGGAUUGGGAAUAACCACUGAGAAUAACCACUCAAUGUGCAGUAAUAAAGUGGAUUAUACAGAACGUAUCAUGAUAAAGAAGGAGAAAUGGAAAAACAGCCUCAAACUGUCGCCCAUGCAGCAGGCCCUUAAGAGGAAGCGUUGUUUUAAAUCAUAUUCUGGGGUCGAUCAUGAAUUAAAAUCCCAGGGAUGUAGUAGAGAAGCAAAUGUGUAAAUAUCAUAAUUUAUGUCGCAUUGCAAAAUAAAACCUCUGGUCCUUUUUAAUUUUUUUUUUUUGUUCUAG